AUGCAAAUACCAAAACCCUUUUUGGGUGCUGUGGCGGGCUCAUUCGUUCUCGUUCAGCUCUUGUUCCUUGUCAACAUGAGUUAUCUGUACGGCUCUGCCUUCAAUGAUGGACAACGGAUGCAAGCUUUGAAAAUGCUUUUCGUCGACUACGACGGUGACAUCGUUGGCGAGACAGUGAAAGAUGCAUACCUCCAACUAGCAAGCCCUGGCUUCCCGACUGUCAUUGAGCGCUCGUCCAAUGAGCUUCCAACGCCGGAAGACAUCCGCGAAUCAGUCUGCAAGGGCCAUUAUUGGGGGGCUAUUUACGCUAACCAUAAUGCCUCUUUGCGAUUGUCCACUGCACUCGCCUCCCCGGAAGCUGCGCAAACAUACCAAAGCACAGAAGCCUUGACUUACGUCUGGAAUGGCGCGAGAUAUCCCUCCUACGCGCAAGUUAUCUCUUCGAGUGCCCAAGUUUUGGUCCAGGGAGCUAGAGGUGCCUACAAUGCUAUCAAUGGAACAGCAGCAAUGUCUGCAGUCAACACGUCAGAUACCAGCAUUGCUCAGGUCCUAUUUAAUCCGAUUUCUGCUUCAUCCAUCGACAUCAAACCCACAAAUCAAGGCGGCCGUUUCUAUUACAGCACCGUGACAAUGGUAAUGGUGAUCUUACCACAAUUCUUCUUCAUCAUGGCGUUGAAUGGCAUAUCAGCCGAAACCAAUAUUUUCGGAACCGUCACCGCGAAAAUAAACAUCGCUCUCCGACUAGCUCUAUCUGUUGGCUUCACGUUCAUUGCAUCCCUCUGCAUGAGUGGAUAUAUUCAUGCCUUCCAAGAAGAUUGGCAAACAACAUCCGGCCAAUUUGCGUUGACCUGGAUGGCGCUCUGGCUUGUGAUGCAUCUGCACUUCUGCCUCAUUGACUCAGUCACUUCAGUGCUACAGAUGAAGUUUAUGCCAUUCUUUAUUUUGACUUGGGUCAUUGUGAAUGUCACAAGUACCCUCAGUCCAUUUGAGUUAUCUCCAGGAUUCUACCGUAUUGGAUAUGCAAUUCCUGCAUAUGAGCUCUACCAAGUCUUGCUUGAUAUCUGGACUCACAGCUGCAACCCGACUCUCUACCGGUCACUGCCAAUCUUGUUUUCCUGGUGGCUUGUUGCUUUUGUCGCAUUCUUGGCUGCAACUCGCAAGCGAACGCUUGCGAUGCCCUCACAGUCUAGUACGGCAAGUUUCUCAGACAGCGAGAAAGUUUAA